GGUUAUACAGGAAGAUUAUGCGAUGAAGAAAUAAAUUACUGUCAGUCGCAACCAUGCUGGAAUAAUGGAAUAUGCAGAUCUUCUACUUCGGGGUAUACAUGUGAAUGUCCUGCAGCUUUUAUUGGAAAACAAUGUGAAAAGGACAAUAUUGAUAACUGUGAUGCUAAUUCCUGUACUGAGUAUGGGUAUUGUCAAGAUAAUAUUGAUUCUGCAACAUGUAUCUGUGAAACACCAUCGUAUGAACAACCCAGAUGUACACGGAAAGCUGAUCUAUGUGAUGGUUUCUGUAGCCAACAUGGACGAUGUGAAACAUUUGGCUCAGUUCGAGCUCUGUGUAUCUGUGAGCCUGAUUAUACUGGCAAGAAAUGUGACACAGAAAUAAAUAAAUGUAUGAAUUCAUCCUGUCAAAACGGAGCAACUUGUUCAUCAACAGAAGGAAUUCAAGCAUGUGCCUGUCGGGAUGGAUAUGAAGGUUCAAUAUGUCAACAUGUAAUAGACGAGUGUCGAUCGAAACCGUGUGAAAACGACGGAAUUUGUACAGGUUCUGUUGGGAAGUACACUUGUAAAUGCAUGUCUGGAUUCAAAGGUUUUAUUGAUGAAUGUGAAUCGUUUCCAUGUCAACAUGGUGGCACUUGUUCUGACAGGGCGAAUGAUUAUAGUUGUAGCUGUAAAGAUGGUUGGGAAGGAAAGAGCUGUGAACAAUCAGUUAGUUAUUGCAAUGAUACUGUUUGUAAUGCUGGAGCUUGUGUUAGUUUAAUAGAUAAUUAUUUCUGUCGAUGUGGAUUAGGAGUUACUGGUCAAAAUUGUGAACAAUCACCGAAUGUUUGUGAUAUAAUCUCACCCUGUACUUCUACUGGUACAUGUAUGAAUAUUGGUGGUACUGCUGAAUGUCAGUGUAAAGAAGGGUAUUCAGGCACAUUGUGUGAAAGCUUGAUUGAUCCAUGUUCAACAUUAAAUACUGGAUAUUGUUUAAACGGUGGAACUUGUAAAGAUGGUGAAAGCGAGGUAGUUUGUCAAUGUCGAGAUCCCUAUGUGGGUGAUAAAUGUCAAGCUAGGAAAGGUAAUUUCAUUUGA